AUGGCCCGACAAACCUUAUCAGGAAACAGGCACGAUAGCGUGUCGAAUGCGAUACCAUCCGAGCCCGAACACAUGUCUGGCGCCGUGGCUAUAGGAGAAAAUCAAAACGACGAGGACGAAGAUUAUAACUCCGAAGAGGAUUCCGAUUUUGACGUCAACGCACCUGCUGAGAGCGAUGCGGAAGAGGAAGAGGGCGGGGACGGUGGCGAUGGCGAUAGUUCAUAUGCUAUUGGCGGUCGGCCUCGGAAGCGGAGGAAGUUGUCACCUGAUCCGGAUGAUGGGGAUGCUAUUGUGGAUGCUGAGUUUGAUUCCGGUGACGAGGCUACGAUAAGAAUUGGGAAGGAGAAGAUGGAGAAGGCGAGGAGGAGGAGGAGGAGGAGGAAAGAGGGCGGAAGGAAGGGGAAAUGGAAAGCGGGGGAGAAGCAAAAGAAGAAUAGUGAAGAGGUUGGUGCUGACGAAGGGGAUGAUUUUGAAAUUGACGACGGUGAAGAUGAUGAUGUUGGUGGCGGCGGCGGGUUCGUGAGGACGAGGGGUAUGAGGAUGCGGAUGAAGGAGGAACGGCGCCCGCUAGCAAAGGCUGAUGGUGCUACGGUGGAUGUGGACGCGCUGUGGGAAAAGAUGAAAGCUGCUGGACCCAGUCCAAUUCCCCCGAAGCGUGGAGCUCCAGCUCUUGAGGAAGGCAAACAAAAAGUGGGCGCAACAAGAAGUGAUUACUCGCGUGAUCCAGCGCAGACUCUUCCAUAUGAAGAAAGUAUAACUAUAAAACGAGUCUACAAGUUCGCGGGCGAGGUUAUAACCGAGGAGAAAACUGUCCCGAAGGAUUCCGCCGAAGCAAAACUGUAUCUCUCAUCCGAGGCAGCGAAGAAGGAGAAAAAGACCUCAAGCAAUGCGAAAGCGGAUAGCGAACUCAACGCCUCCUCCGAUGCCGUUUAUAUUCCGCUGUUGAGGCCCCUGCGCAAGUACUCUCGAUUCGAUCCAAACCCGCCUAACUCGAUCCAGAAAAGCUGGGAAAAGACAAUCGCUGUCCCCGGUGGUCCAGGACUAGCUGAACAGCCCAAGGGACCUAAACUGAAUACGGUCAUGAAAUCUAAGCUUGACUGGGCCGAAUAUGUCGAUCGGGCAGGCAUCAAAGAUGAUCUCGACGUGCAUAGUAAAGCUAAGGAAGGUUACUUGGGCCGGAUGGACUUCCUGAGUCGCGUGGAUGCGAAGCGAGAAGAGGAACGACGCAAUGCGAGAUUGAAGAAUUUAUAA